CGAGGCGCGUGAAGCCUCGCUGGCGCCUGGUCCGGGACCCAGACGCUGGCGGGCGCGGAGUUUCUCACGACGGGCCGAGCCCGCCUCUGCUGACAGCAUUUCAGAAAGCAUCUACUUUUCUUGAUGGAUCCAUUCAUCAAAUGAAAUAUGCGUGUACUAUUUUUAAAAGCUUUUAACUUCAUCAUAGAAAAGUUUACCCCCCCAAAUGAAAAUGAGGACAUUUGAGAGAGUGAUUUGAGAAAGUGUCUUGUCAAAUCGGUGUACCAAAGGAUAAGUACUGAAUAAAUUAAUCUAAAACACUAUUUUUUAAACCAGAAGGCUCUCAUCUUGACAGAAAAACAAUUUUGAUUCAGUGUGUCUUAUGAAACGAAAAGUGAGAGACAAAAACAGACUUAAUAUAGAUGAAGAUAUUUAGUAAAUAAGCAUUGUCAACUGUAUUCUCAUGAAGAUAACUCAGUAAUGUGAAAUCCUGUACAAAUCCUUGAUUGUGGCCCUAAAAACAAGACUGUUUUUGAUGGGACUGAUAUUAAGAGAAGUAGGACUAUUUGUGCAUUCAACUCACAGUGAUAGAAUUUGUAAUCAUCGGUAUGAAUGGCUUAAUAAGGAAAUAAAGAAGAUUUCAUCUACAUCCAAAAGUACAGUCACUUUUUUUUACUGCUGUUAUUUUGAAAACCUUUUCAUAACCAUUUAAAAAUAAUUGACAGCUAUUUUUUAAAGAUUAAAGAAAGGCAGAUGUCUGCAAAUAAUUCUCCUCCAUCAGCCCAGAAGUCUGUGUUACCUGCAACUAUUCCUCCUGUGCUUCCAACUCCUUCUCCGUGUUCAAGUCCUCAGACAGGACUCUCUUCCCGACUCUCUAAUGGAAGCUUCAGUGCACCAUCACUCACCAACUCCAGAGGCUCUGUGCAUACAGUUUCAUUUCUACUGCAGAUUGGCCUCACACGAGAGAGUGUUACCAUUGAAGCCCAAGAACUAUCUUUAUCUGCUGUCAAGGAUCUUGUGUGCUCCAUUGUUUAUCAAAAGUUUCCAGAGUGUGGAUUCUUUGGCAUGUAUGAUAAAAUUCUUCUCUUUCGCCAUGACAUGAACUCAGAAAAUAUUUUGCAGCUGAUUACCUCAGCAGAUGAAAUACAUGAAGGAGAUCUAGUAGAAGUUGUUCUUUCAGCUUUGGCCACAGUAGAAGACUUCCAGAUUCGACCACAUACACUCUAUGUACAUUCUUACAAAGCUCCUACUUUUUGUGAUUAUUGUGGUGAGAUGCUCUGGGGAUUGGUACGUCAGGGACUAAAAUGUGAAGGUUGUGGACUAAAUUAUCACAAACGGUGUGCCUUCAAGAUACCAAAUAACUGUAGUGGAGUAAGAAAGAGACGGCUAUCGAAUGUAUCUCUACCAGGACCUGGCCUCUCAGUUCCAAGACCCCUACAGCCUGAGUGUAUAGCCCUUCUCAGUGAAGAGUCACAUGUUCACCAAGAACCAAGUAAGAGAAUUCCAUCUUGGAGUGGUCGCCCAAUCUGGAUGGAAAAGAUGGUAAUGUGCAGAGUAAAAGUUCCACACACGUUUGCUGUUCACUCUUACGGCCGCCCCACAAUAUGUCAGUACUGCAAACGGUUACUGAAAGGUCUCUUUCGCCAAGGAAUGCAGUGCAAAGAUUGUAAAUUCAAUUGCCAUAAACGCUGUGCAUCAAAAGUACCAAGAGACUGCCUUGGAGAGGUUACUUUCAAUGGAGAACCUUCCAGUCUGGGAACAGAUACAGAUAUACCAAUGGACAUUGACAAUAGUGACAUAAACAGUGAUGGUAGUCGAGGCUUGGAUGACACAGAAGAGCCAUCUCCCCCAGAAGAUAAAAUGUUCUUCCUGGAUCCAUCUGAUCUUGAUGUGGAACGAGAUGAAGAAGCUAUUAAAACAAUCAGUCCAUCAACAAGCAAUAAUAUUCCGCUAAUGAGAGUCGUACAAUCCAUCAAGCACACAAAGAGGAAGAGCAGCACAAUGGUGAAGGAAGGGUGGAUGGUCCAUUACACCAGCAGGGAUAAUCUGAGAAAGAGGCAUUAUUGGAGACUUGACAGCAAAUGUCUAACAUUAUUUCAAAAUGAAUCUGGAUCAAAGUAUUACAAGGAAAUUCCACUUUCAGAAAUUCUCCAAGUAUCUUCACCACGAGAUUUCACAAACAUUUCACAAGGCAGUAACCCACACUGUUUUGAAAUCAUCACUGACACUAUGGUAUACUUUGUUGGUGAGAACAAUGGGGACAACUCUCACAAUCCUGUUCUUGCUGCCACUGGAGUUGGACUUGAUGUAGCACAGAGCUGGGAAAAAGCAAUUCGCCAAGCCCUCAUGCCAGUGACCCCUCAAGCAAGUGUUUGCACUUCUCCAGGGCAGGGGAAAGACCACAAAGAUUUAUCUACCAGUAUCUCUGUAUCUAAUUGUCAGGUCCAGGAGAAUGUGGACAUCAGUACCGUUUAUCAGAUCUUUGCAGAUGAGGUGCUUGGUUCUGGCCAGUUUGGCAUUGUUUAUGGAGGAAAACAUAGAAAGACUGGAAGGGAUGUGGCUAUUAAAGUAAUUGAUAAGAUGAGAUUUCCCACAAAGCAGGAAAGUCAACUCCGUAAUGAAGUGGCUAUUUUACAGAAUUUGCAUCAUCCUGGGAUUGUAAACCUGGAAUGUAUGUUUGAAACACCAGAACGAGUCUUUGUGGUAAUGGAAAAGUUGCAUGGAGAUAUGUUGGAAAUGAUUCUAUCCAGUGAGAAAAGUCGCCUUCCAGAACGAAUUACAAAAUUCAUGGUCACACAGAUACUUGUUGCUUUGAGGAAUCUACAUUUUAAGAAUAUUGUGCACUGUGAUUUAAAGCCAGAAAAUGUGCUGCUUGCAUCAGCAGAGCCCUUUCCUCAGGUGAAGUUGUGCGACUUUGGAUUUGCACGCAUUAUUGGUGAGAAGUCAUUUCGGAGAUCUGUAGUAGGAACUCCAGCAUACUUAGCUCCUGAGGUUCUCAGAAGCAAAGGUUACAACCGUUCUCUAGAUAUGUGGUCAGUGGGAGUCAUUGUCUAUGUGAGCCUCAGUGGUACAUUUCCAUUCAAUGAGGAUGAAGAUAUAAAUGACCAGAUCCAAAAUGCUGCAUUUAUGUAUCCACCAAAUCCAUGGAGAGAAAUUUCUGGUGAAGCAAUUGAUUUGAUAAACAACCUGCUUCAAGUGAAGAUGAGAAAACGCUACAGUGUUGACAAAUCUCUUAGUCAUCCCUGGCUACAGGACUAUCAGACAUGGCUUGACCUUAGAGAAUUUGAAACUCGCAUUGGAGAACGUUACAUUACACAUGAAAGUGAUGAUGCUCGCUGGGAAAUACAUGCAUAUACACAUAACCUUGUAUACCCAAAGCACUUCAUUAUGGCUCCCAAUCCCGAUGAUAUGGAAGAAGAUCCUUAAUUAUCAAUGAGCUAACUUCAAUAAGGAAGGAUUUAAUUUUAUGGACUGAUAUUUUGCUUCAUAACUGUUAUUUGUAUGUUGUCAUCUGCAAGGAAGCCAAGACAUGAGGAAAUACAAGGAAUUGGUGAUAAUCAAUACUGUAGUUCAUAUGUAGGUACAGGAAGGGAAGCUAAGUAAUAAAAACACAUAAUGGAAUCAAGGGGAAGCUUUCUAUAAAUUUUUAUAGCGUAAGUAAUAACUGGUUUUGUAUUGUUUCCUGAUCCUUCACUUUAGUACAAUAAUGCCACUUAAUUUAUCUUCCCUUUCCUGAUCUUAUGUCAUUUUUUUUUUUAAGGCAAGCUAGCAAAGCUUGACCAAAUCAUACAAGGAUUGUAAAGUUGAUUACUAAACAUUUUCAUUGAAGCAAUAACUGUGAGGCUAAUAAUAUGUGAUUUACUAUAAGGACUUUUAAAUGUUUGUCUAACCGACCAUAGGGGCAUUGAAGCGUUUUUCCUAAAUGCCUACAGAGUGCCAGGCUGUUUUAUCUUUCUUGGUUAGGUCAGUUAAGACUCUAAAACAGUGAUUCCUUACUUUUUUGGAGCUGCAACUCUGAUUAGGGCCUCUACAACGUAAGAAUGAAAUUAUCACCUUUUGAGUAUUUUGCAAUAGCCACUAAGAUAAUUUGGAAUGAUUGGUGUUACAAAGAAAUAGGAGUAGGAACUGCUGGUGUAAGUACUGUGUGGUUAUGUGUGCCUUCUUGUAGCUCAUUCUGCUGCUUAACACUGAUGUUCCCACCUGAUACCACUGUGAUGCCACACUGUGUCCCCAGCACUGCAUGGGUGAAGAUCUGAACUUUAAUUACAUAAUUGCUAUCUUUACCCAAGGUUGAAUAAUUUGAGGGAGAAAAGUAAAUAUAUACUAAAAGGAAGGCCAGUGUAGGUCAGUUAAUGCUAUCUAUAUCAUCACUAUAUAGCAAACAGUAUCUCUUUCUCUUGCCUCAGCCUAUUGGAUGGUUUGCAAAUGUUKGGAAUGUUUUUAAAUCAGUAUUUCAUUUUAAGCAAUUUAGGGUUUGGUUUGUGGGUGGAAUAGAAAUGAAACACUCAGUUUAUGAGGGUUGCACUAUGUUAUAUUAGCUUAGCCCAGCAAAUCAAAGAGUGGAGUAAGUGCUUCUUUUUACAUUUCAGCUCCAGCAGCCAGCUAUUUUAAAAUAGUUACUAAUACAGGUUGAGUAUCCCUUAUUUGAAAUGCUUGGGAUCAAAGUGUU